CACGAGCGUCUCUCUCUCUGUUUCUUGAUUACUCUCUUUUUCUCUAUUUCUUGAUUGAUCAAUCGAUCAAAAUCAACCAAGAAUGGCACUAACAACAUCAAUUCCAAUUUCCCCAAGAAAACUCCGACACGAUUUAUACUGUAUCUCCGACCAAGACGAACUAUCCAACACCGCCGCCGCCACCACACCAUUAGUAAUCUCUGUUCUUGCAUCUCUAAUCGAAAGAACAAUGGCCAGAAAUCAAAGAAUCAUCAAGAACAGUUCUUGGCCGUCGCCGGCGAUUCUGUUCAAUAGAAACGCCCGUACGAGAAUCUUCGACUGCAAUGAAACUCCAGACAUGACGAUCCAAUCUUAUCUCGAGAGAAUAUUCCGGUAUACCAAGGCUGCGCCGCCAGUCUAUGUUGUUGCCUAUGUUUAUAUCGACCGGUUCUGUCAAUUUCAACCGGAGUUUCGAAUUAACCCGAGAAAUGUUCACCGGUUUCUUAUCACUACCAUAAUGGUUGCUUCCAAAUACGUUGAGGACAUGAAUUAUAGGAACUCAUAUUAUGCUAAGGUUGGAGGAUUCACUACUAAAGAGAUGAAUAAUUUGGAGUUUGAUUUCUUAUUCUUGAUGGGUUUCAAGCUUCAUGUUAAUGUAAGUGUGUUUGAAAGCUAUUGUUGCCAUUUGGAAAGAGAAGUUAGUGUUGGAGGAGGUUAUCAGAUUGAGAGGACUCUUCGUUGUGCAGAGGAAAUCAAGUCAAGCCAACAGAGAAGAAGGAAAGAUGAUACACUAAAAAUUGCAAGGAUUAUGUUGUAAUUUUAUUUCAAUGGAUUUCCCUUUUUUUAAGUCGAAUCCCGCGUCACACGAAUUACGGAAUUGCCUCUGUAAUGUUCGUCGGGUUUGGGGCGUGGUGGAUUGUUAUAGGAACUUAAUUAGUUAAGGUAUGAUGAUGAUUCUACAUCGGAAUCAAAAUCUAUGUUGUUUUGGGUAUGUUCUAUAUGGUUGCAACUUGCAUGGGCAAAAUAUGUUUUCAUGUAAAUUUCUUGUAUACAGAUUAGUGGUUGGAUGUAACCCUUGAUUCAAAGGUCCAAGGGGGAGCAUAUUUUGAUCAAAUGAUGUGAUUUUCCUUUUUUGGGUAAUGGAAUUUUCAAACGAUUUUGUGUUA